AUGGUUUCGAGGAAGGUGGUGGCUACUUUGCUGCUGGUGCACCUGCUGUCCAUGCUGGCUGAGCAGACCCACGGCUUCAUGCCCUUCUUCACCCAGAGUGACUUCCUGAAAAUGCAGGAAAAGGAGAGGAACAAGGCAGGGCAGAAGAAAUCCCUGAGUUCUCUGCAGCAGCURGAGGAGGAAGUUUUCUCCAAGCAAUCUGGUGUGGAUGUCAAYGCAGCCAAGACCUUCCAGCAGGCCCUUCCUGUCAGAGCUUGGCACACCCUAAGGCAGCUGGAAAAAUACCAAGAUGUCCUGGAGAAACUGCUGGCGGAGCUGUUACAGGACACCCCAGACGCUGACUGAUAUCUGCAGGAUCAGAAGAGAAAGCGCUGGAGCUGCUCAAGCUGAAAUACUCCACUUAUGUAAACGAAAUCUGUGAGAGAGAUUAACAAAAUCUGA